CGCCAUUUCCCUGCCCCGCUGGUUGUUCCUCGGGUCUAAGGCGUGCCGUCCUCGCUGUGUGGAGCUGAGGGAGCAGGGAGAGGUGUCCGCCGUGCUGGAGUUCCUGUGACGUUGGUUCGCGUUCCAAGGGGACGAUGUCCAACGUGCCGGUGGCUGUGGUGACAGGGUCCAACAAAGGGAUUGGCUUGGCCAUCGUCAGGGCCCUGUGCAAACAGUUCCCAGGGGAUGUGUACCUGACUUCCCGGGAUCCCAGCCGUGGCCAGGCUGCCGUGGCACAGCUCCAGCAGGAAGGGCUGCAGCCACUCUUCCACCAGCUGGACAUCGAUGACCUGCAGAGCAUCCGAGCGCUCAGAGACUUCCUGAAGGAGAAAUAUGGAGGGCUCAAUGUGCUGGUGAACAACGCUGGCAUCGCUUUCAAAGUUAAUGACACUGCUCCGUUUGAAGUCCAAGCUGAGGUUACACUGAAGACAAACUUUUUUGGAACUAGGAAUGUUUGCACAGAAUUGCUGCCUCUUAUGAAGCCUUAUGGCCGGGUGGUGAAUGUCUCCAGCAUGGUGAGCAGCUCAGCCCUGGGACGCUGCAGCCAGGAGCUCCAGCAGAAAUUCCGCAGUGACACCAUCACUGAGGAUGAGCUGGUGCAGCUCAUGACCAAAUUCGUGGAAGACACCAAGAAAGGUGUCCACGAGAAAGAGGGUUGGCCAAACACUGCCUAUGGGGUGUCCAAAAUCGGGGUCACCGUGCUGUCCAGGAUCCAAGCCCGGCUGUUAAAUGAGCAAAGGAAAGGAGACCACAUCCUGCUCAAUGCCUGCUGCCCUGGCUGGGUGAGGACAGACAUGGCAGGUCCCAAAGCCACCAAGUCCCCAGAUGAGGGGGCUGAGACCCCCGUUUAUUUGGCCCUUUUGCCUUCCAGUGCUGAUGCUCCUCAUGGCCAAUAUGUCAGUGACAAAACUGUCAGACCCUGGUGAUUUACUGGUGUUUUCAUGGCAUGUCACUACCACUGAAGGAGAACCAUGGAAUCACAGAAUAUCUGGGUUGGAAGGGACUUAAAAGAUCAUCCAGCUCUACCCCCUGAGAAAGCAAUUGGAAAACAUCCUAAGAAAUACACUGUAUUUUAGGACAUAAUAUUUAUGUCUUAACGAAAUUAUUAAAAAUACCAAUUCUUUUCUCGGUCAGGUACGUGCUUAGAACCUCUGGCCAGCAUUGUCGAGAAUAAUUCCAAAAUUUAGGAACUGAAACUUGAAAUGGUGCCAUGGCAGUUUAGAAAGGUUAAAUUCCUAAAACAUUGCUAGGGAGGGGAGAGGCAGGUGGCACCAAGAAAACAAAACAGUAUAUUAAUGUUACACUUAAUGUACUUAUUGUACCUAAUGUAAUGUUAAUUAUUUAAUGUGUUACUUAAUACUUAAUGUAACUUCUCAGGGCUCCGUGCUGAAAAAGUAUCCAUGCAAAUCUGAACAGUUUCCCUUCUCUCACCUUGAAAAGCUGAAUAAAUGCGUUUCUCUUGA